AUGUUUUCUCUCGCGUCAGACAGCGCAGCGUCGCGAAAGGCGCCGGCAGCGUCGCCGUCGCUGCCUGCGUCUCUGCUCUCCGCGGCUCCGUCCGAGUCUUCAGGAUUCUACCGCGGAGACGAAACCGUCACCCUGGUUACUUCCAUGGGAGACAUCGAAGUGGAGUUGUACUGGAAGCAUGCGCCCAAGACGUGCAAGAACUUCUUCGAGCUAGCCAAGUCGGGCUACUACGACAACACGAUCUUCCACCGCGUGGCGAAGGAUUUUUGCAUUCAGGGCGGCGAUCCGACUGGGACAGGCCGAGGCGGCGAAUCCAUUUUCGGCGGGAAAUUCGAGGACGAGAUUCACCCCGACCUGCGGCACACAGGCGCUGGCGUGAUUUCGAUGGCGAACUGCGGGCCGGAUACGAAUGGAUCGCAGUUUUUCAUCUGUCUCGCGCCGGCGCCGUUUCUGGACGGGAAACACUCGAUUUUUGGCCGCGUGAAAAAGGGAAUGGAGAGCGUUAAAAAAAUCUCCACGGUUCAAACCACGGCGACCGAUCGCCCUAUCUACGACAUCAAGAUCAUUCGCGCAGUCACGGCUACCUCGCUUGACUAA